UAUCUAUAUAUUUCCAUGGAGGCCCAAACAAAACGCCUUUUCCGCCCUCGAGGCCCCACCCGAGUCUUCGUCUCGCGAUAUCAUGACGUGCCGGUUUUCGUCUCGCGGUUUCCUUUCUUCCUGCGCCUGCGCAAUCUCUCCUUCAACUUCCCCUCAUUUACUAUGGCCGCUGGACUGAGUGGGAUGUUUGGGAACCAGGCCCCGGUGCCUCCCCCGCCACCUCCUCCGGUGGCCCCCGGAGGUCAGGGGCUCGCGGGACUCCUUCCUCCGAACCCCACGGGUCCGCGAAACCCCAUCGGUACCCUUGUGGAUGAUUUGGAGGCUUCUUUUGAGGCUUGCUUUGCGUCCCUUGUAAGCCAAGAUUAUGUAAAUGGUACAGAUCAAGAAGAAAUUAGAACUGGUGUUGAUCAAUGUAUCCAGAAAUUUUUAGAUGUUGCACGACAAACAGAAUGCUUUUUUCUACAGAAAAGGCUACAAUUAUCUGUCCAGAAACCAGACCAAGUGAUUAAGGAGGAUGUUUCAGAACUGAGAAAUGAAUUGCAGCGGAAAGAAACACUAAUUCAGAAACACUUGGGAAAACUUCGCCAUUGGCAACCAAUUUUAGACGAUAUUAAUAUCCAGCAGAAGAAACCUACUGAGAUGCCUCAGGGACCUCUAGCUUAUCUAGAACAAGCUUCAGCCAAUAUUCCUGCACCCCUCAAGCAAACGUGAAAAGAAGCAUCAUUGAAAUGCCAGAAUAAAGUUUGCCAGACCUUCAUAAGUAACAUUUUA